AAACUUACAUGUCAAGUGCUUUACAAAUAAUUAAGAUAUGUCACAGACAAUGUUCUGCAUUAUGUAUGAACUUUUGGCCUGCAUCAUCGGGGGCUUUUCCCAAGGCUUUUCUCAGACCCAGUCUCGCGCAUUGCAAGACGUCAUCAGCGUUGUGUUUUGGUUAACCUUUCCCGGCACGUGACGUCAGAAUGAAACGAAAGUAAGUUUACAACUUUGAUUUCCGCACGUGUCGACCAAAAGUCUUUUUGUAAGUGUAAAUUUAUCAAAUAAAUUUGUCGCAUGGCGUCGGGAGAUGAAUAUAGUGGAAAAGAAACGAAUAAAGAUUCCAAAUCAGAGAGUGUUGAGGAAACUACUGAAAACAAAGCAGACAUAUCAAAAGAAAUAACAAAAAAGCAUCCCUUACAAAAUAAAUGGGCCUGGUGGUUUUUUAAGAAUGACAAAAGUAAAAAUUGGGAAGAAAAUUUGAGGCUCAUUACAACAUUUGAUACUGUAGAAGAUUUUUGGGCAAUAUAUAAUCAUAUAAAAAAUGCAGCAAAAUUACAAUCUGGCUGUGACUACUCCGUAUUUAAGGAUGGAAUAAAACCAAUGUGGGAGGAUGACAAAAAUAAGCAAGGUGGACGUUGGCUUGUCAACACAAACAGAAAUCAACGCAAUGAUUUGGACAGAAUGUGGCUUGAAACAUUAUUAUGUCUUGUGGGAGAGGCUUUUGAUGAUUAUUCAGAUCAAGUAUGUGGGACUGUUGUGCAGAUUCGACCUAAAAUGGAUAAACUUGCUGUAUGGACAGGAAAUGCUAAGGAUGAACAUGCUAAUUUAACCAUAGGACGAGUAUUAAAGACAAGAUUACAGAUGGGGACUAAAAUGACCAUUGGAUUUCAGACACAUGCAGAUACAAUGGUGAAGACAGGAUCAACAACUAAAAAUCUUUAUCAAGUUUGAUGAUCAACAACAAAAUAAUCAUGCUGAUAUUGGUGAAAGCCGGAAUAAGAAUAUUGAAAGGAUAAAUGCAAGACUAAAAUAAUUCAUCUUAUUUUAAGACGACAGUCUCUGACUCCUUAGUUUUCAUUUAUAAUGACAAUAACGUUGAAAAUUCGUUCAUUCAAAAAUUGUUUUUGAAAAUGGCAUAAAAUGAAAUUUUCUGAUCUGCACCAAGAGUAAUUUAGUGCUAAACAUACAGUUAGUUACGUUUUUAUGUCAUUGGAUGUUCAAAGUUAGGGUUAGCUGUACAUCAUGAACAUUUAUUUUAAUUUAUUUGUUUGUUUUUGAAUUUUUUAUGAAAUGUUUAUGUGAAAGUUGCGUUAACAAUAAGCUUAUCUAACUUUGAACUUAAGUAUCUGAGUGUAGGACAUUUUAUUCGUUGAAAUAUUUUUUCAGUUGUGCAUUAGUAAAGUAGUUUUAUUUGUUGUGAAAUUGUUGAAUCAUCCAUUUAUUUUGAACAUUUGUUAUUACGUAUGCUUUGAGUGAACGUUUUGUAUUAUAAAGAUUAUCUCAUAAAUCGUAUUAUGAUAUCAAGUCAUAAAA